AUGUGGCUUCCUGCGACGAUCAAGAUGUACAAUGGAAUUGCAGGCACUUAUGACUUGGAUUGCAAGUCGGGCGUGCAGCCUGACAGGAUUCGAUUGCCAGCUGCUAACACUCGUGCACCUAGCAGAGAUGAAGAUUUAAAGGAAGAAAGUGCAGAGGAUGCUGUGGGCAUCGAGGUGUCCGGUGGCUCCAGCAGCAGCUUGUGCCGGGCACUUGAGCCACAGCAGGAUGGGCCAGUUCAACUCAUCCGCGUUGUUCGACGAGGCCCUUCAUGGCACUUCGAGCUUUGCCAAGAUGCAAUCAAGGUAUUGGAGUCGUUGGGCCAAAAAUGCAUCUCAGUUUGUACAGUUUGCGGACCCUACCGCACCGGUAAGAGCUACCUUCUGAAUCUCCUACUUGGGCGUAUCCAGAAGGGUUACCAGCAAUUUCGUGUUGGUUCCACCACCCAAGCAUGUACAGACGGCUUGUGGAUGUGGGGGUUCGGCGCACCACAAGGGGUUGACAGUCCAAGUCUUCUCUUCUUGGAUUGCGAAGGAUUUGGCAGCACUGAGUCUGACAAGACCAGAGAUGCCAAGCUAAUGUCCUUGUGCAUGUUGCUUUCUUCGGUCUUUCUGCUCAACACCAAGGGUGUCCUGAGCGAGGGUCUUUUCAACGCGCUUUCGUUGGUUUGCAACCUGGCCACUCACGUGGAACAAGAGCAAGACACAAGCAAACCCGCACUUCUGUGGCUUUUGCGUGACUUCCUCUUAGAACUUGUGGAUGAGGAGGGCCGCAGAAUGACUCCUGAUGAGUAUUUGGAAUCCUCACUCCACAAGGCACCUCCAGAAGGGGCAGACAGCAAGCGAUCACAGGCUGCCAGGGAAGUGCGAGAAACUCUGUUGAGGUUCUUCCCACAGCGGCGCUGUGCAACUCUGUGCCAGCCUGUGAUUGAGGAAGAGCAGCUUCGGCAGCUGUCCGAGGUGCCCUUCGAGCAAUUACGCCCCGAAUUCCGUCGAAGCUUCCAGGAGCUGCAGACGCAGCUGCUGCGACUUGCAGCGCAGCCCAAAACAAUCCAAGGUAAACCAGUGUCCGCCGGCUCAUGGGCAGCAAUGCUCCGGAAGCUGGUCUCUGCCCUGAACGAAGGACAUGCUUUGAAUGUUGUCAGUGCCUGGAACCAGGUUCAGCAUUCAGCCUGUGACGACCUUGCGACCGAGCUCCAUGAUCGAGCUUCUGAAGCCUUCCAGAAGGUUCGUGAAGGAGGGCCUCUUCCCGUAGCCCGUGGAAGGUCUUUGCCGGUAGCAGAUCAGACUCUAGCUGCAAGUUUGAAGGAAUUUCGCAGAUGCCUCCGUGAAGAAUGGAGACGUCGGGCAGUUGGUGAUGAAGCCGUGAAGGCUGAGCAUUGGAAGGAUCUGAAGGCAGCAAUCAAAGAAGAAGAGAAGGGAGUGGAGCGACUGAACGCUGAGUUGGCAGAAGCUCACCUGAACCAAGCAGGUGCUGACUGGUCAGCCUGGCUGUCUCAGGACCGAGCGGCAGAUCCAACUGAUCCAAAAUCAGAGGCACUUAUCAAUGCUGUGGAUGCCGACCUCCCCGCCAAGCCAAUUCUACGAGCAGUUCGAGAGGCGUUAAGCACUUCUCGGAUAGCUCGCCUCAAGUGGGAUGGCAACAGUGACGCUUUGAAGGCCAAGCUGAAGCUUGCCACGGACGAACUCGACAGUAAGGCCGCUCUUGCCGCAGAGGCAUCUGGUGAGCAACUGGAAAAGAGUCGUGAGAUGGGACAUUUGCAUGGCCAGGUUGAAUUGCUUCAACAGCAAGCCAACGAGGCUAUUGAGCGAGAAAGGCAGCUCCGAGAGCAGGUACUGCUGGCUGAAGAGGCCACAAGGAAGGCGCAGUAUGCUCACAACGAGGCCAAGCGGCAGUCAAAUCAAUCAAUUGAGGAACUGCAGACCCAGGCCUUCGCCGAGCAAACUCGGCAAGAGCCUUCGCUUUGCGUUGAUUCGGCUUCCUGGUUAACCGAACAGCUGAACAAGAAGGAUGAGGCUCUCAGACCUACGCAGGAGCAGAAUGACCUCAGAAAGUGGUUGGAUGCAACAUUAAAACCACUGCUGGAAAAGCACUCUGGCGGAACCUUUAACACCUUCGGCUCCUGUCAAAAUGGCUUCUGGAUGAAUGGUAGCGACAUUGAUGCUUGCUUGAUCAUACCAAAAUGCCUGAGAAAGAAUUCGUGGCUCACUAAGCUGCGCCUCGUCGAGAGUUUGGCGAUCACUGAGAGGUGGGGUUCUGUGGAGCUUGUACAGGGCGCCCGUGUCCCUGUGGCAAAGAUUCACGAUGGGAAAGGGCGAGACUUAUGCGAUGUUUCCGUCAACAACGUUGCUGCGUUGGAAAACUCCAGAUUUGUUGGGGCAAUGUCCAGCCUCGACUGGAGGGUUCCUUGCUUGGGCCGUUUGAUCAAGCAUUGGGCGUCACAGCGCCGCAUCAACAAUCGCUCUGAGGGAACGCUCAGCACAUACACGCUCAUCCUGCAGCUUUUCUACUCGCUCCAGCUUCGGGAUCCACCAGUGCUGCCUUUGGUCACGAACAUCCUCAAGGAUCCGGUGGCGCCCGAAGGCACUGAGACUGGUGCCCAGGUGCCUGCGAAGGCGGUGAACCAUUUCCUCAAAGAUCCUGAGAUGGAUGAAAGCACGGGCCAGCUCCGUUCUUUGCCCUUUCUGACAGACCCAGCGACGAUCAGAGAGGGCGGGAGAUUUCCGCAGCUGAACAUGAACGAGGAAAGUUUGGGUGAACUUCUUGUGGGUUUCUUUGAGCUGUGGGGGCGGGAGGAAUUCGGUGGUGGAGAAGAUGGUGAUGGACAAACCGUAUAUGUCUAUGAUGCUUCUCGAGAGCUAAAUGAUCUUGGAGUCCUUGUGAUGAGGUGCCCUCUCACUGGAAAGAAUGUUAACCCGUUCACCACGCUGGUAUGGAGAUCAAUUCACUCUGAAUUUGCUAGAGCAGCUUCGCUCCUGCAACAAGGAUGUAGCCUUGAGGAGCUGUGUCAGCCAGCUGAGGGGCUGCCACCUGGUUGUGGUCACCGUGGCGGAGGACUCGGUGCCGAAAUUACUGCGGCCCUGGGCUUCGCUCGACCUAGCGAAGAGGGUUCACAACCUGGCGGGUAA